AUUUUACUCUAAAUAAAGACAAUUUUUGAAGAGUUUCUACUCUAAAUAAAAUACUUUUGAGCUCAAAGAUUUGUGAAAUCUUAGUAAAUUUGAAGAUUGUGUUUUCCUCUGCACUCCAGUGAAAGACUGAGAAAUAUGGGUAAAAAAAAUCCAAAUUCAAGGAUUCACAGUUCCAGAAUAUUAGGCCACUAUAUAAUGUGUCUGCUUAAUUCAAUACAUCCGCAUAUGCUGUACUGGGUGGAUAAGAAGAACAAGAUAUUUGAAAUUAAGCUUGUUCAUAGGUCAAGUUCAAAAUGGGAAGAUAAAGACAUCAGUCUUUUGAAGGAACUGGACCAACUUUUCGGAGAUAGAUAUAAAGGUCAGAAAAAUUAUGAAGAAAACUGCAGGCGCAGAGCUCAAUCGAAUUUGAAUAAUUUAUGUGAAAGAGGUUUGCUGAAAAAAAUAUGCGAGAAAAAAGAAACUAAAUCCAUCCGAAUAGCAAGAUAUAAAAUUACUGAAAGCGGUUGGAAGAUAAAAGAAUUGAAUAAUUCUACACCUAAGCAAAAGCAUGGUCUGCAGGAAAAUGAAGAGGCUAUGGAAACUCAGCCUGAAGACACGGUCUGUACCGUAAGUCCUCCAAGGACACCCGACUUUGUUAAUCUUCAAGUCGUGCCUAUCAACUCCCCAGUAUUAAUCGUCGGGAAUUCGUGUUUCCUGGUUACUUCUGUAAAUGGAGGUACAAGCAACAAGGAGAAAAGGAACGAUUUUUCUGCUAAUAGUGGCAGUACUAGUCACGGAAAUGGCUCGAAAGCAAACGAUACUUACGACAAUAAAAUUAUAAAAAAUACUAUGUAUGGAAAUGGAUUUUCUGAUGCAAGGAUAUACUCAAACAAAUUGCCAAACAAUCGUAUGGACGCAAAUGGUUCCAGCAGCGUUGUUAAUGCGAACGGCGAUAUGAGAUACGAAACAAAAUUGCCCAGAAGUGUGGCUCACUUAGAAGAAUCAUUAAAUAGUGAUCCACUUUACUGUCAAGAGGACCGGGAAGUUCAAACGAAGCCAGAAGGAAUACAGAAUAACUGUCUCUUGGAUGCAUCCAUAAAUGGAGUUACAAGCUACAAUGGGAAAAGGAACGAAUUUUACACUAAUAGUAGAUGUACUAGUCACACAAACGGCACCAAAACCAACGAUAGCUACGACAAUAAAUUAAGAAAAAAUAUUAUGUAUGGAAAUGGAUUAAUUGAUGCAAGUAUAUACUCAAACAAAUUGCCAAGCAAUCGUCUGAGCGCAAAUGGUUCCGACAGCGUUGUGUAUGCGAUAGGCAAUAUGAGAAACGAAACACAAUUGCCCAGCGGUAUGGUACACUUAGAAAGACCAUUAAGUAGUUCUACAGUUUGCUCUGAAGCGGACCGGGAAGUUCAAACGCAGCCGGAAGAAAUACCUAAUAACCUGCUUAAUGUUACCCCAGAUGGUUCGCUGUUCGAAACGAACACAUGGGACUGUAGUGUUCAUGAAAUUCCAAGUGCAGGAAACCAAAACUUAGGGAGUAAUCUUCAUUUGCCUCCUGAGACGCAAUGCAUACCAAAUGCAGAAAUCGAAAAUUCCGCCGGCUCACCAUUAGGUGAUAAUCAAAUGGAAACCUUCAAGGAUUUAUUUAGUAACCUUUCUAUGCCUACUGCAAUUAGACCAUCAGAAACUCAGCCCUUAUCAGAUCUAGAAAGGGAAAACUCUGCUUUGUCUCCUCUUGCUGAUUUUGGAAUGGAAUUAUUUGGAGAGAUACAUUUGCCAGAUUCACCAAAGUGCGAAGAUUUUAAAGAUUUACUUGAAAUCAUGGAGCGGGAAAAUUGUGAUGGUACAUAAAAGUUAACUCAUAACACAUGAAGAUUCGAAAAGUUGCCAAGUAAAAGAUUCAUUUUAUAAAAAGCAAGAUGUGCGCAUGAAAGAUUAGCCUGCUAGAAGACCAUGUACUCUGAAGUUCAAACUAAUGAAAAAUACCUCAGCAAAAAAAGAGAUUUAGAAUUUAAAAUUUUGCGUUAUAUGAAAAUGUUAGUAAAACAUUGAUGUGUGCAUUUUCUUGCCAAAUUUUGUUUCAAGUUUGUAGGGUCAUAUUGAAGAAGUCAUAUGUCUUGAUUUUUAUAAGAUUCGAUAAAUUUACUGAAAUUGUCACUUUCCUGUUAUACACAAAGUAACUUUUAAAAUGUGAAUAAUUUUAUAUAAUUAAAUUAAAUAAUCACAGAAAAGCUUACAUUUCAUAUAAACAGAUUUUGUACUGAUUUUUCUCAGAAAUUGGUGCCCACCAGCGGCCGAGCGGUAAA